UAAAGCCGUCUCUUGUCCACAUAACCUAUAAUUUUGUACAGAGACUAAUCCCGUUUCUGCGUUUCGAGUUGCCUGCCUCGCCGCCAGCAGCCUGACUCACCAGCUUCGAAUUCAAAACCCAACUGCGGUUGCUGGAGGUUAUUUAGUCGAUUGUGGGCUUCAUUUUUUGGGUCUCGAGAUUCAGGAUUGUCUGAGGAAGAUUUCGUUUGAAGAACGGACAAGGUGAAGCCAGGUUGAGGCUCAAAAUGCCUACAAAAAGCGCGGUUGAGAUGGCGGCUAAUACAGUAAACUCUCAUCUUCGUCGUUAUUCUUCUUCUGAAUUGGUUUUGAAAGGCAAACUCUCAUGUUUAUUCACAAGACCACGUAAAGUAACUCAUUUGAGCAAAAACAUUACACCUCCAGAUUCAGUUUUUAAUUUUGAAGUUGAAGAACGUGCCAAGCUUGAUCAAUUUUUGAGAAAAGAUUGUAAGGAAGGCAAUAUUACUGUUAGUGAAGCGCGUUUUUUCUUUGGUUCAAUGAUUCAUAUGCUACCAACCCCACCAAUAUCAUCGUUUAAUCUGUUGUUUGGAGCUCUUGCAAGGAAUAAGUUUUAUGAAGAUGUUUUUUUGCAGUACAAGAAAGUGGUUUCAAUUGGGUUGUUGCCAGAUUUUAUUACUUUGAAUAUUUUAAUUAAUUGUUUCUGCAAUAUGGGUAGAGUAUUUGAUGGUUUUGUGGUUUUUGGAAGGAUUUUGAGGCGGGGUUUUUGCCCCAAUGCUGUGACAUUUACUUCUUUGAUUAAAGGUUUGUGUUUGGAGAAUAGGAGUUUGGAGGCUAUGGAGCUGUUGAAGAAAAUGGCUGUAUUUGAGGUUAGGCCUAAUGUGAUUACAUACGGGACUUUGAUUAAUGGGUUGUGUCGGAUGGGGAAUACAAGUUUAGCACUGAGGUUACUUGAAGAAAUGGUUGCUGGUAAUGGUGAAGGGGGUGUAAUUUGUAAGCCUAAUAUUGUUUGUUAUAGUAGUAUUAUUGAUGUUCUUUGUAAAGAUGGGUUGAUAGAUAAGGCUAAAGAAUUGUUUUUGGAAAUGAAGGGUAGAGGAAUUAAGCCAGAUGUGGUAGUAUGUACCUCUUUGAUAUAUGGUCUGUGUUUUGUGGGUCAUUUGGAAGAAGCUAAGAGUCUGUUUAUUGAGAUGGUAGAUCAAGGUUUGCAGCCUAAUGUGGUGGCAUUUAAUACAAUGAUGGGUGGGCUUUGCAAGGAGGGUAAAGUGGAGGAAGCUAAGGCAUUAUUGGAAUUGAUGACUCAAAGAGGUUUGCAACCAGACACAUUUACGUACAACACUUUGAUGGAUGGCUAUUGUUUGAUUGGUAGAGUUGAUGAUGCGAGGCAGUUGUUAAUCUCUAUGGAGAGUAAGGGUUGUAAGCCUGAUGUUGUUAGUUAUAAUAUUUUCAUCAAUGCCUAUGGCAAGAAUUUGGAAAUAGAUGAAGCUAUGAGUUUUUACCAGGAAAUGUUGUCCAAGGGAAUUAGACAAACAGUUGUUACAUAUAACACUCUGUUAACAAGUCUUUUUCUAUCAAAUAAGGUUGCAUAUGCACAGAAACUACUUAAUGAGAUGAACCUUACUAAUGUUGCGCCGAAUUCUAGUACAUAUAAUAUUUUGAUUGAUGGGCUAUGCAAGAACGGUUGUGUUUUGGAGGCAGCAAAAUUGUUUCAUACUUUGGAGAACUACAAGUUUGAACUUAGUAUUGAAAUAGUUAACAGCCUCUUUGAUGGGUUGUGUAAAAAUGGAAUGGUCUAUAUUGCUUGGGAGCUAUUUCAUAAGUUAUCUCAAAAACAUGUGACGCCAACUGUUGUGACAUAUUCCAUCUUAGUCCGUGGGUUUUGCAAGGAAGGGAAGCUGGAAAAGGCAUAUGAUUUGUUAUCAGAUAUGGAAAAGAAGGGUUGUGCUCCAAAUGUUAUUACAUUUAAUACACUAAUGAGAGGUUUCUUACAAAAUGAUGAGGCACCUAAAGUGGUUGAACUUCUUCACAAAAUGAAGGACAGAAAUGUGAAGCCAGAUGAUUCCACAUUUCACAUCGUCGUAGAUUUACUUUCAAAAGAUGAAAAUUAUCGUGAAUGUUUGAAUUUGCUUCCUUCAUUUCCUGUUCAAAAGUCAACAAGGCUGCCAUGAUAAAUGUUGGUGCAAUUGACUAUAGAAACCAUCUUCUAUGGUUUAAAUGUCUUUGUGCAGACAUGCUCUUUUAUUUUGUGCUACGAGUGAAAACCAAUUCAUGGACAGACAAUUAAUUCUCAUCAGAUUAUUUUCUUUCAUGCAAAGGGAGGUUUAAAGUGUCCUGGGAACAGCUUGAGGGACUUGCCUGUGAGCAUUGUAGAAUGGGUUAUUCAGUUUGAUGAAAUAUCUCCUGGAUGGUGAAUUUGAAUGCAAGAGCACCAAGAUAGCAGAUUCUAGGCUGGCCAGUUCUCCCCAGAGGCAAAAGAGUACUGAUUUCUCCAUUAUUCACAAAAUGAAGGGUUGGAGGGCUUGAGAGUGUGCUAUGAAUCUUCCUAACACUUCCAAGGUUGAUAUAUAUUGUUAUGGAGUGUUGAUUCUUGGAAUGCUGAAAGGAAUUCAGAUUUUGAAUGGCCAUAGUUCUCCCAAUGUCUGGACCACCACCUAUAUAAAAGUGCCAACCAGUUUCAAGGCAUCAGAACGCAAGGUUCCCUGUGGUACUGAUCAGACAUGUCAUUUUAGGAUUCCAAAACCACUGCUGGUCAGAAAGUGAGAAGGAUUUAUCUUUACAUCUUUGCAUAUGCAUUUGAUGUGAUCGAAGCUUUCUUUCUAGUGAAUUUGAACCCUGGCUUGCGGAUUUUGAGCUGGCCAAGUUGUCCCAGAGAGGCAAAAGUAAUCCCAAGUGCCCAAGAUUCCCAAAACAAAAGGUUACAUGACUCCAGAGUGGGCUAUGAGACUACCUUGAAGGAUUUUGGCAAGAAAAUUAAAAUUUUUAAUUUAUGUUCACAUCAUAUGUAAUAAUGGUAUUGUAAAGUUUACAUGGUUUUUCAAGAAAUAAAACAUAGAAACAUGUAAACUACCUUGUAUCUUGUAAUUUGAUUUGAAAUUUGGGAGUUUGAAUCACUAAAAUAA